UGACAAACACCCAAGCUCCACGAUGACGCAAGCGACUGACCAGUGGCCGAGUGCUUGCGUGCUGGCGGGUUGGGGUGCAUGUCGCUUUGGUUGGCGACAGUGCUUGGGUGAAGGGCACACACAAGCAAGCAGGAACGCUUACUUGACGAAUCCCCCAACGCGCCGUCACAUGUCACACAUCCCCACACACGCCGCCGCGCAGCCGUUCUUGUUUGACAUCCUGCGCCGCCGCGUGCUGCACGCUUUGUUUUGGCGUUGUGUUGGUUGAUUUAGGUGGCAGGCGUCCCUCGAGCGCCAUCGCUCUCUUCCACCGCCUUCUCUUCCUCGAUGUUCACACACGACAUCGCUCAGUCACCAUGGCGUGCAGCUGCUGUAUGCACGCGUGCCCUUGGCUCAUUUCCCCACUUACCAACCGACCGAGACCCUAAACACCAUCAAGGCAGCAAGCUACCUCUCUUCUUGACGGCCUCAAGCAACACCCAAGCAACAAAACCGAGGAGAGCGGCACACGCCCGCCACCAACCAACCGACUUCCGCACACAUCGAAACCCCCAAUCGCAUCACAGCCAUUUGAGCACAUUCUCAGAUUCAUUCAACACAAGCUACAAGCAGAGCCGAAUCCCACAAAUCCAACUCGACAACUCGGCGACUUUCUUCCAACAUGUAUGGAACCCUCCACAAGGCCCUCGCCGCUUGGGUGCAGUCCCUUCCAGAUGGUGAAACCUUGAUGACGAUGGUGCUGGCCGAGGUCAACUUUGCUGGCAGUGCUGACGACUUCUUUCGCUUCUACACCGACGAGCAGACAACCGCCUUUCUCGGAGCCAUCGCCAAGGUCACGGGGCACACAAUCGAGGACUGCAAGUAUCACGCUGGGCGCUGCUUCCUCUUCGGUCUUCUGGAGAGCGGCUACGGUGACGCCCUCCGCACCCUCGGCGAUGACUUCUACACCAUGCUCGGCAACCUGGACAGCCUCCACGAGUCGUUCCUCCCUUCCUUCCCCAAGAUGCGCGCGCCCUCUGUGCGGCCCGUCCGCAACGAUGAUGGCUCCCUCUCCAUCCACUACUACAGCAGCAACGCCGGCCUCUCCAACUUCAUGAUGGGCGCCCUCGAAGCAUGUGCUCGGCAACUGUUUGACUUGGAGCUUUCCAUGCACCACCGUGUGAAGAAGGACGACGGCAACAGCCACGAUGUCUUCCACGUCUUCAUGGACGAGAAGGGCUACGGCACCAAGCGCAAAGAGGAUGAGGAGGCGAAGAAACAGUGCACGGUGGCCAUGCCACCCAGCCUCACGAAUGACCUCUUCCCAUGGCACGUGGCCUUUGAUCGCGACAUGAAGAUCGCGUCGCUUGGCAAACACCUUGCCUCUCGCCUGAAGAGGAAGCAGAUUGGCGCGCAGGCCUGGCAAGUGUUCAAGGUCGUGCGGCCAUCAAGCAUGCGUCUCAAGUUUGACGACAUGCUGCAAGUGCAGGGUGCGCCCAUUCUUCUCUCCGUCGACGCCAAGCACCUGACGCACGAGGUAACAGUCGAUGAGAGCGUGGUGACGCUGACGCACCAUCUUCCCCAACUGCAAGUGACGGACCCCUCUGGCGCGCGUGGCAGCGAGUCGUCAACAGGCUGCCCCUUCUCGGGCACAUCGUCGUCCUUCAGCUCCAACACGUCAUCAAAGCGCUCCUCGGCUGACAUGCUGCUGCGUGCAGCCCGGCUCACAAGCAAGGUGGACAACAUCAAGCUGCACGGGCAGAUCACGUACCACGAGGAGUCCGACCUGCUGCUCUUCGUCGGCGUCCCGGCCCUCCACUCCCUGGAGGAGAUGGAGGCACAGGGCAUCAACCUCACCGAGCUGCCUCUGCACAGCCACGGACGCGAGUUCCUGUAUGGCGCCAUGUAUCAGUCUGCCUCUGCCAAGAACACCAACGAAGUCGACAAGCGCAUGGCUGAACUCGACCACUCGAUGCUGGAGGUGCAGCAGAAGAAGGAGCAGAUUGAUGCCCUCCUCCACAGCAUCCUCCCCCCGGUUGUUGCGAGCUCACUGGCGCGCGGGGAGAUUCCACCAGCCGAACACUACAAGCACGUGACUGUGCUGUUCUGCGACAUUGCGGGCUUCACCAACAUCUCCUCCGAAGUCCCAGCCACCGAGAUCAUGAAGAUGCUGCACCAUCUGUUUGUGAAGUUUGACGACCUUGCCGACAAGCACGGCUGCUACAAGGUGGAGACAAUUGGCGACGCGUACAUGGUGGCUGCAGGCUGCCCGGAGGAGUGCGAGGACCACGCCGUACGCAUUGCCCGUCUUGCCAUCGACAUGGUGCGCACGGCUGAGACCGUCAAGUCGCCGCUUGACGGCGAGCCGAUUCGCAUCCGCGUUGGGCUGCACUCUGGUCCACUGAUGGCCGGCGUUGUUGGCCGUGCGCGCCCACGCUACUGCCUGUUUGGCGACACGGUGAACGUCGCCUCGCGCAUGGAGAGCAACGGGCUGCCCGGGUGUAUCCAGGCGACAUACCGCUUCACGCAGGCGCUGCCGACAGAUCACGAGUUUGAGAUUGUGCCGCGCGGGCACAUUGACAUCAAGGGCAAGGGCCACAUGAAGACCUUCCUGCUGCUCGGUGCUCUGGACGACGAGUGCAUGGAGCCCCUCAUGCCGUCGCAGAACAAGAUGGAGGACAUUGCCCCGCACCUGCUGAAAAUGACUGCUGCGCGCGAAACUGUUGAUGACCGGCUUGCCGAAGUUUCCACUUGUGCGACAUCGCUGCGCAACCGUAGGGCCCUCCAGCGCAAGGCGUCAUACAUGGUCUGACUCUGCUCACUCGAGCACCGUACAGACGUCGUGCUUGUCUGCGCCGUUUGCUUCACCGGGACACACCCUCCUACUUUCUGCUUUCUGUUUUUUUUUUUUUUCGUCUUUUUCGUUUGCUUUACUGACAUGGAGCUGUGGUGACACGGCGGGUGGUGACUACGCUGGCUGCGGUGCAGUCAGUUGUUGCACGUGUGCGUGCAUGUGGAUGUGUCCCUGCUGAAAGCUGAUGAAGACACUGCAAGUGUUUGGUGUGCAUGUGUGUGUGCUUGUGUGUGGUUGUGUUUGUGCUUGUACGCGCGCGCGUGUGCGCAUAUGCUUCCUCUUCUCAUAAUUUCGUGCAUGCUCGCUGUCUUUGGUUUGAUGCUGGUGUUGACAACGCCCUCAGAGGGUUGGCUCUCAUUCACUACUGCUUCGCUUGCAUUUGCUCUUGACUUUACGUCUCAUGCUCUCUGUUUGUUCUCAGUAAACCUGUGAAGCAUC